UGAAUCGUAUGAGGCUGCAGCAGCAGGCAGCGCCAACAGCAGCAGCAGCAGCCAGACUUUAAUGUUUUCUCGUACUUAUCGUAGGCAUUUAUCGACGUUGCUACGCUUCCCUGCGAGCCUCUAUGUACUUUUCUCAAGUGACCUUAUCCCCGAAAGAAGCUCUUCAUGUCGACUCAUAGCUGUUAACGUUAUGCUAAAAUGGACUUUGUGAAGACAGUUCUACAUGGAUUUGGACAUGGGUUGGUCAACAGCUUAGCAGGGUUUUAUUUGAUCUUCAGUUAUGAUGCAGAAGUUCAAGAAAAACCACGAUCAGCAUUGCAAGAAACUAAUCUGGCAAAGCGCCGAGCAGCUCAACAGGCAGAAAAGAAGCAGAAACAACCUAAUCAAGAGGAUCCUAGAGUGACUCAUCGAGUUUUUCAGUGCUGUGUACUUAAUGGAAUUGUGUUUGGGUUCAGCUUAUUUCUGUUCAACUAUGGAUUCCAGCCUGUGUUAAAAUACUGCUUAAGUUUUUUCAUGGGAGAGAGAGCAGGAACAAUAUGGGUUUACGUCCAGCCAACAAUGUCCUAUAUAUUUGAACUGAUUUGGGUCAUUCCACUUUUUCUUCUCUCAAAAGUAAUCAAUGUCUUUUGGUUUCAGGAUAUUGCUGAUAGCGCAUAUCGACAGCGUCAAGGGAGACCUCAAGGCAUCAGUAAUUUCAGCAAAUACUUAUCUGAUAUGUUUAUAUCAAUUGUAAUCGAGUUCUUCUUUCUUAUUCAGGCCAGCUUAAUGAGAAUGCUACCUCUCAUGGGGAUUAAUAUUAUGAUCAGUUGCGUCCAUUUAUGUCUCCUGAACUCGCUUUAUGCUUUUGAGUAUAGAUGGUACAACAUGGGGUUCGAAUUGUACAAAAGAUUGAGCUUCAUCGAAGAGAACUGGCCUUACUUCCUAGGUUUUGGAAUGCCAUUGACAUUCAUCACGAUGUACACACCAUCUCAGUAUGUCAGUGGAUGUCUCUUUGCUGUACUUUUCCCUGUAUUUAUCAUCAGUGCUAAUGAAGCUGAUCCUGUAGUUAAUCCUACUGGCUGUUCACUGCAGUUGUUUUCUAUGGUUGUAUGGCUGUCAAAUAAAAUCAUCCAAAGUCUAGUCACAAAGAGCACACCGCAAACACCCAGCAAAAAUUAUCCAACUCAUCUUCACUCAAGCAGUAAUCGUAUCAGCAGAUAAUAAACUAAGGAAAAUAUUGUUUUCAUUAUCUUAAAAAGUGAUUACAAACAUUUAUUUUCUCAAUGAUAAAAUGCUGUGAAAUAAGGUUACAAUUCCAUGUUUGGCAAUGGGAGUGAUGCUUUUGUGGGAAGAAGGAAAUUAUAUGUUGGGAUCUGAAGUAUUUUUGAUAUUGUCUUCUGUUGGUAGAAAUUUUGUUUCAACUAGGUAUAUUCUUCUCUCUCUCUCUCUCUCUCUCUCUCUCUCGUGUGCUUUAUAUAUGUUGUAUAUAAGAUAAAAGCUCCAGCUACCAGUUUUCAGGAAUUUUGAUAGUAGGCAUUAUAUAUAGUUUUGAGAAUUGACAACAAUUCUGUCUGAAUUUUAGCUUUUAACUUUGUUUUUGCUCUAGUUUUUAGAGAUUCUUACAUUGUCUCUCUUUCUUAUGAUUCACACAGUAUAUUACUGUAAAUGCAUAACCAACAGACAAUUUAUGCAUUUAUAUGAUUUAGUUUGAUCUUUUUUUAGAGUAAUAGUGUAAUUGGUAAAUCCCAUCCUUAAUGAAAAACUUUAUCUUUGUUUUUUAGUGCUAUGAAAAAUUACCAAGGCAUGUGAGAAAUACACGUUAGAUUAUUUAGGAUACUACUGUAUAUUUCUUUUUGCUUUACUGUCCGCAUCAAACUUUAUAGGCAUUGUUUGAUGUGCCACUCUUCAGUAUGAAUGUUAUUUCUUUGAGCAUGGCUGCACAAUUAAACAUAUUGCUCACUUUCCAAGAGAACCUUUUAUAUGUGGGAAGAGCCAACAUUUCAUUGUGUAAAUGCAGUGCUCAGUCUUAAACUGUUGGAAGAUAAGUGUUGGUGAAAUUAUUGCAAUUAUUUGUAUUCUCCUAUUUUUUUGGUGUAAUUUUUAAGGUGCAGUGUCUGGCAAGUGAAUUAUAUUUUUGAGCGUCGUUUUGCCAGAUACAUGUAGACUAAUGACAAGAAGUUUUGUAGGGGUCAGAUGCCUUUUGAUAGACACGAAGGAAUUUUCUAAGAAUUGCGAUUUAUCAAAGUACAGUUGUAUCUUGUAAAAGAACUAAUGCUUUUACUUUUAAAUAAGUAUGUUUUUGUUCUGCAAUGUGCAUAUAUUUCAUUUUAGAAUGAAGUUUGCAAGAUUGAAUAUUUUUUCCGAUGUUUGAGACUGUACUUAGUUAAUUUGGUAUUGUAUAUAUCAACAUAUUUUUCUUGUUUUCUUAUACUAAGGUAUAUAUAGAUCAUUUUUGUGGUUGUCACACACUACUUGUUUUAUGCAAGGGAGAAAUGAAUCGGUUGGUUAAAUAUGCUAUGUACACUAAGAAUAUUUUGUGGUUCAACAUCUUUGUGAAGUCAUUUAUUAUAGCAUAUUUUGUUCAUAGCAGUCACUAUAAAUAUGAUGGUCCUUUCUUUUUGUGACUGGAACUUGCAUACAUAAAUGAGGUGUUAUAAGAAUGCCUUGAUAGAAAAUCAGACAUUUCAUUUUGGUAGACUAGACAAAAAGUUGUAGGGUACUGAAUCUUUUCAAGAAGGUAGACUGCAGAUAUUUAACAAACUCUGGUGUUAAUGGUUUUAUUUUACGGAACAGCUUAAGUGUGUUGUAUUGCAUAGAAAAUAUAGUAAAUUCCUAUUUAAAUACUACUGUGGAGUGGUAUUUUCAUUUUAGCUUGUACUGUUACAUAGAAACAUCUUCAGAAUUCUGCAGAUAUUAAAAUGGAGAGCCACACUAAAGUUAUCUGAAGUAGUGUAUCCCAAGGGGGUGUGUUGUAGGUACUUUCUUUACAUUUUCAUGUUUCUGUGUGUCAGGGUUGUAUUCUAUUAGCGCUAACCUUUUGUCUAGUUUUAGAUGGAAGGUAUCAUCUUUUUAUAUGAUUGUUUUAAAUGUAAAUCGGUUCUGUGGACUCAUUGUAGCAUUUGCAGUAUUUUGAAAUGAUUAUCUUUUUUAUGAAAAUCAGAGAAGGCUCUGUUGAGUGUGAUAAAUAAUAAACAUAAGGGUACUGAAUGAUUUUGCCACCAGCAUGUACUCAAAUUAAUAAACUGCAGAUCAACAUAAACUAUUUUUCUUAUUCAAAAUUCUAAUUAUGUUCUUAUAUCAUGCUACGAAAAAAAUUCUGCAACUAUUUAGGUUACGUAUUUAUAAUAAGGUUGUACGUAAGUGUAUAAUGCUCAUUGCUGCCAGCAUUUUAUAAUACUGAAGUUCUUGGGGAAAUAAUAGAUAUUUGUGAUUAUCAUUUUUGAUAUUUGUGAUUAUCUUUUUAGAAAGUUUAAAGCAAGCAGGCAAGUUUACAAUGUUUAAUCAUUUGACAUAAGCUUGAUGGCUUUUUAUACACAAUAUAUUUUACAUUUUUUCUUGAAUGCUUAUAUAAAAAUUGUUUUGAUUAAUGAGCUCAUGUUUUGUUGAUUGAGCCUUUUAUCAUUUCAUUUCCAAGUGUAAGUCUGCAGUAUUGCAGGUAAAAAACAAAAGAUUUCAACACAGGAUCUGUUGCUGUGUAGUUUUUGUUUUCAACUUUACAGUAUUGCAAUUUUUCCAAAGGCUGUUCAGCAUACUUCUUGUGAUAUUCAUUCAAAUUAAACUUUUUCAUAUCCUA